CCGCGGUCCAGCUUCAUCCACUUCCUCUUAUAAUGAAUGUCCCUAUCCUAUCUUAAGGGAAAAACUGGAGUUUAUAAAUGAAUUAAUAAUCUCAUCUGCAUCUCCAUUUUGUUUACUACAAAUUAAAAGCUGUUUCUUUUUUCCCAAGAAGCUGAAAACCUGAAAGUACGCACUUUUAGAGUUGAAAGAAAAAAAUGGAAAGUGGGUUUAAGAAAUACAGUGGUCAGAAGAAAGAAAAUGAUUUGUUUCAUGUAAUUCACAAGGUUCCUUGUGGCGACGGGCCUUAUGUCAGAGCUAAACAUGCUCAGCUAGUCGAGAAGGAUCCGGAAGCAGCAAUCGUAUGGUUUUGGAAAGCUAUAAAUGUCGGGGAUAGAGUGGAAAGCGCCCUUAAGGACAUGGCUGUUGUCAUGAAGCAACUCAACCGAUCUGAAGAGGCAAUAGAGGCAAUCAAGUCUUUCCGAGGUUUUUGUCCUAAGACAGCCCAAGAAUCACUCGACAACGUGCUCAUCGAUUUGUACAAGAAAUGCGGAAAAGUUGACGAACAAAUAGCGCUGCUAAAGCAUAAGCUCAAGUUGAUAUAUCUAGGGGAGGCUUUCAAUGGGAGGCCCACGAAAACCGCACGUUCUCAUGGGAAGAAGUUUCAGGUCUCUGUCAAACAAGAAACUUCUAGAAUAUUGGGGAACUUGGCUUGGGCUUAUAUGCUGAAGUCCAAUUUUCUAGCAGCAGAGGCCGUGUACCGUAAGGCCCAGAUGAUUGACCCGGAUGCCAACAAGGCCCUAAACCUGUGCCAUUGCCUUGUCAAGCAGGCCCGUUAUGAUGAGGCCCGUUUGGUUCUUCAGGAUGUGCUGCAGCACAAGCUUCCGGGCUCAGAUGACUUGAAAAGUAGAAACCGGGCCGAUGAGUUGUUGUUGGAAUUGGAUUUGCAGCCUGGAAACAGCCCGUUUUUGCCGAGUUAUAUGGGCGUUGUGAGUUUCGAAGAUGAUUUUGCCGAGGCACUCGAACGUGUGAUCAGGGAAUGGGCCCCUGCCAGGUCAAGAAGGCUGCCCAUUUUUGAAGAGAUUUCUCAGUUUAGAGAUCAGUUGGCUUGUUGAUGUAUAUGUGGUGAUUUAACUUUUUCUCAUGUAUAUGGUGCUUGGACCUUGUCUUACAAAAGGGGUGAUAUAGUGUGAAUCAAUGAUCCAUUUGGGGUUCCCUCUUUUGUUUUUUCUUUCUUUGUUUGUUUUGUGGAGAAGUUGGUGGCCAAUAUCAGAAUAUGUUAAAACUAAAAAGAAAUUGGAUUAGAAGAGGUAAAAAUUGUCGUCUUUUGUAGUGUAGUUUAAAUAAUGAAUUUUAUCAAUUUAGGUCACUGUCAUGUAAGACAGGUUUAAUUGUCAAUUCGGAGCUCACUGAUAGAUUAUAU